GAGUGUUACUGGAGGAGGGAUGAGGAGAGAUAGGAAACAUCAUCUCCCAUCUAAAUCGUAUGGAAUUAAUGAUCAGCACUUUUUAAACUGGAGAUAUUUGUGUGUGACAAGUCUGGAUUUCUGGAGCCGCUCUACAGAAGAUCCAGAUCUCAGACACAACUGAAACUGGAAACAUGGGUUUUUAACUGAAACACUGACUAUGUUACCGUUUUGAGCAGGGGGGGGGGAUUAAACCUGGGCUUCUGGUUUGGGUCCAUAUCCUGUACGUGGGAUUUCAGUAGAAGCUUUUUUUAAGUCGGACACCAGGCGAACCCGUUUUGUCUGAACUGUACCACACAUGGAGAGUGGAUCAUGGGGGACAUCCAGACAUGAAGACAUCUGAGAUACAAAUGGAGGAAGUUGUGAAUGAAUAAUGGCUGCCAAGACUGGUCUGAUGAUAGCCUCUGUGCCAAAUCUUACAACCACCUUAGGGGAGCCCAAUCUCACAGUUCCUGCUGGAGUGGGCAUCGUCACAAGCUCUCAGUCUCAGAUCAAAGACCUUUUUGGGUUGUUCUGCAUGGUGACCCUUAACCUCAUUGCUUUGUUGGCCAACGCUGGUGUGAUGGUGGCCAUUGCCCGUGCACCUCACGUGAAGAGGUUUGCUUUUGUGUGUCACCUUUGUGCGGUGGAUCUGCUGUGUGCCAUUCUUCUCAUGCCUCUGGGUAUCAUAUCCAGUUCACCGUUCUUUGGCACCGUGGUGUUUACGGUUCUGGAGUGUCAGGUUUACAUCUUCCUCAAUGUUUUCCUCAUUUGUCUGUCCAUUCUCACCAUCACAGCCAUCAGCGUGGAGCGUUACUUCUAUAUAGUGCACCCGAUGCGUUAUGAAGUCAAGAUGACCAUAAACCUCGCUGUUGGUGUGAUGCUCCUAAUCUGGUUUAAGUCAGUCCUCUUGGCUUUGGUCACUCUGUUUGGGUGGCCAGCUUAUGGACAUCAGAGCUCUAUUGCUGCAUCUCACUGCUCUCUCCACGCAAGCCACAGUCGUCUGAGAAAAGAAUUUGCUGUGCUCUUCACUGUGGUUUGUUUUCUUGUUCCUGCAGUGGUUAUUUUUGUUGUUUACUGUGCCGUGUACAAGGUAGCCCGUUCUGCAGCCCUGCAGCAAGUCCCUGCCAUGCCACCAUGGGCAAAUACAAGCCCUGCCAAGGAUCGGUCUGACUCCAUCAACAGCCAAAGCACCAUGAUCACCACCACCCACACUCUGCCCCAAAGACUAUCUCCAGAAAGGGCCUUCAGUGGCGGCAAGGCUGCACUUACUUUGAUAUUCAUUGUGGGCCAGUUCUUGGUUUGCUGGUUGCCUUACUUCAUCUUCCACCUGCAGAUGUCUCUGACUGGCUCAAUGCAGAGCCCCGGGGACUUAGAAGAAGCAGUCACCUGGCUUGCUUACUCCUCCUUUGCAGUUAAUCCAUUCUUCUAUGGCCUGUUGAACAGACAGAUCAGAGAGGAGCUGGUGAAGUUUCGACGGUGCUGCUUGACCCAGCCUGUGGAGUUUGGGGCAUCCAGUCAUGAGGGCUCCCUUCAGGAGAACUUCCUCCAGUUCAUCCAGAGAACCAACAGUCCAGCUGACACUCGCUCCAGCUGUGCCAACUCCAGUCUGAGAAGCACUACAGAGGGUAUAAAGAUACCCGGACAAGUACCUGAGGAACACACUUAGACACUGACCGACAUGAGCUAUGGACUACAGUGCAAUACUGUGUAUAGGUCCUGUCUGUUUUAUCUUUGUGGGCCAUUUUUCUUUAGUGGAUAGGUUCACAUUUCAAGCCUAAAACACCACUGACACAUACAUGUCAGAAAAUGUGAAAAUACUGUCUUGGCUAUAUUGUAACAUGAAAAGGUGAUAGAUAUUGCACUUGGUGUAUUUUUCAUUUAUAAUUGACCAGAUUCUAAUGAUGUUUGUAGAAAUGUUUUAUAAAUGUGUAUUUCUAGAGGAUAUCUACAGUAACAAGCUCCUGAUUUGAUGGAAAUGUAGAUAUUUUAAUAUAUUAGGAACAAAAAUCAAUAGAUAAUUUUUUUGUCAAUAGCAAAAUACUGUGCGCAAGUGUCAUAUUGGUGACUAAUUUGUGUUGAACUUUGUACAGUAUUGGAUGUCAGUGUUGCUGAGCAGGGGUCCUUUACAUUUGGGUAGGUGUGUCACAUUUUCACUACACCAUUACUGUGGCCAAAACAAUUCACAAUAACAAUAUUAUCAUAAUAGCUACACAAAAAUUGAAAAAACCAAAUAAUUCUAUAAGUCAAAUUCAUCUUUAACUUUAUUCUGCAUACUGUCUGCCUGUAGCAUGGUGGUCUUCCUCUUCUUCUCCGUUCCCUUUGGGUGGCAACCAGUAAUAAGGUGCAAUACCACCACCUACGGUACUUAGUUGGAGUGUCAUCCAGGUACUUAUUAUUUACAAUGUUAUCAUAUGUGUAUUAUAAACAUGAUGUCAAAAAUACAUUUUUUAAAAUAUCAGUUAUUGUCA